AUGGCAACAACUGGUGUAGCAGCAUUACCUAUAGCCGGUACAAAGUCAGCCCCGAAGAAGUUUACAGAAAAACUCGCCAGUUUAUUGAAAGUCUACCUUCAUACAAUGCUAUACUUCCUGACUGGAAUCGUGAAAAGUCUUGGAGCAUGGAGAGAAUAUACUCGAGGGUUCCUCACUAUUUCAGGAUGGUUGAGAAGAAACCAGCGGAUCACUACAGAUGAGGAAGCCCUUUAUUUCUGGAAAGGAAUCCCUCGUUUGUUUCGCCAGCUUCUUGAACCCCGACUACUCACUGCUCAGCCAAACCAUGACCUUUCCAAGCCAUUUGUUAUGUCAGAUGUCAAUUCAAAAGCAGAAGCUCUCCUACAGCGAAAUCGGUUUGAUACCGACCGUCUUCCAUCAGAUGAUGAAGACUCAGAUGAUGAAUCCAGUGCUUCAGAAUCGGAUUCGGACUCCAAUGAUAGCAGUGAUAGUGAAUCGGAACAUGAUAAGAAGAAGAGAAAGCAGAAAGCUGCUAAACAUAAGGUAAGAACCAAGAAAAGGCUUGUGGUCAAAUCAGAAGAUUCAGACAAUGAGGAAGAUAUCAAGAAAGCACAAGCAACUCGUAAGAAGGCCACAAAGGAAAUGAAAAAGAAGGCCAAUGAAGUGGACGAUCUAGUUAGGCAGCUCAAUCGCAUGUCACUUGAGGACCCAGACUAUGGUGUCACCUACUUGCGUGCAUGUAGGCUAGACCCACUGGUGGCUUCUGUAGUUCGCAAGCCACUCAUUGAGUCCACUCCUCCAAUGACCCGUCCCUCAGCGCCCAUGACAUCUGCUCUGCGAGGAAAUGCGCAAACAGGAACCUCUCGGGCAGAAAUGAAGUGCUAUGGAUGUGGUAAACUGGGACAUGGACUAUCAAGCUGUCCAGAUAUUCUUGGUCUCAUAGACCAAGGAAUCAUCAUUCGGGAUGGUAUAACGGGUCGCUUAACCAUGAAAGAUGGGUCCAGAAUAUUCAGGGGCAUGGAUGAGCCAUUCACGACAGCAAUCGAACAUCAAGUUGGCCCUCAAUCACACUUCAUAACUGCUGCUGAAGCUCCUUUUUGUGCUAAAGUGGAGGAAGCAGCCUCCGAAGAGUCGGACGGUGAUGGUGACGAUGAAGAUGAAGAUGAAGACUCUAACACUGAAGCAGUAUAUGUCAUGCCAGUAAAACCUACGGAAAAGAUAAUCCGUACUGCAUGGAAGCAAGCAGCACAAGGUCCAGUUGUUCCUCCUGUUAGAAUCCAGGAGAAGGUUGACCGUGCAAAGGGAGACAAACAGAAGGACAAACCUCCCCAUAUGAAUGAAUCUGUUGAGCGUCGUUUAGCUCGCAUUCAGGGUCAGCCUGCUCCAGCCAUUUCAGAUCCAAAACCGGACCGUGAAGUCCGACCAGUGCAGCCACAUACAACCAGGGACUCUCAUGAAAGGGUCUGGGAACAUCAACAACCAGUUGAUACCUCUCAGAGGAACUUUGAUCCAGCUAAUGAUGAUGAAAUCAUGGAAGAUGACUUUGAACCUAUCACGCAAAAGCAAAAAUUGGCGAAGGAUGCAAAGAAAGGAAACAAGACAGAUGCAACUCCAGGAAAGGAGGAUGGAACCAAACGGGUUCCUAAAAAGAGUGAUGUGCAAGCUCAAGUCGACCAAAUGAAGAUUCUCGGCAAGGUGCUUAGUACUCCUGUGACACUAGCAGUCGGGGAAGUAUUCGGGAUCUCAAAAGAAAUGUCACAACACUUGCAGAAUGUCUUGAAGCCGAAAUCUCCAGUUGUGAACAUUGUUGCAUCUUCAUUCAGUACAAAGACCCGUGGGCUACUCAUUCGCCUUCGGAUUGAGAUUGACGGAAGACCCAUCAUAGCCAUUGUUGACACUGGAUCACAGCUGAAUAUUGCUCACAAGCGUAUUUGGAAAACUAUGCUUAAUCGUCCAAUGGACAUAGCCCGCUCAGUCAAUAUGAAUGAUGCCAAUGGAGGAGCCGGGAUACUUCAAGGGCUAGUCGAGAAUGUUCCUCUUACUUGUGGGGGAGUUCUCACCCAUGCAAACUUGUACAUUGGAGAUAAAGUUCCUUUUGAUUUGCUCCUCGGACGUCCAUGGCAGCGAGGGAAUUACAUCUCCAUUGAUGAACGAAGUGAUGGAACAUACCUUCUCUUUAAAGAUAAAGAUCUCGAAGUAAGACAUGAGAUCCUGGUCACUCCAGAUGGACUUGAUCCGAACUGGUCAUUCGACCCAGCGGUAUGGCAUAGCAUUCAGAACAGCACACAGAAAGGUCUUCUUGGCCAGAAGGAUACAAGGGUGCUGUAUUGUGGGGACUUCCGAGAGGACUACAUCUACAACAGUGCCUAUGAAAAGUUCUGGCAGAGACUAGGUGCCGAUCUCGACGAAAUGGAACAGCAAGAGCAAGAAGAACAAACGACUUCACGAGAAUCGAUUCAACCUGCUAAUGAUUAUACUGUAUAUCAAGUACAGCAGCAACCGACGCCAACAUUACUAUGGGAGGACAAAUUGCUCAAUGAUCGUCUUUAUGUGCAUGAUCACUCCCAUCUGAACGAGGAGCCGUUGCUCAUAUGCGGAAUCAAAAUUCCCGAAAGCGGUGGAGAUCAGAUCGCAUCCCCAAACUCAGAAUCUGCAACUUACGAAGAACCGCUUCAGCAAUUGGAGAUACAGAAGCAGAAGCGCAAAAACCUCGAGGCUAACAACUGGUGUGCUCCAGGCCUAGUAGGAACAGCUUUCCCAGAGACACUGGAUGGAGGCGUGCCAGAGGAUCAGUAUGAGAUGUUCAGAAGUAACAAAGAACACACACCUGUUAGAACAAAUGAAAAGUGCACGCACCAGGUAGUACGACCGUUGGGUCUCGCGCCUGUGUGCUGUGGUCAAGAGAAGCAGGUAGUGUCCUGCCUGAGAACGCCUGCCGAGGGAGCACGCGAUCCAAACGCACAGCUUGAGGAAAGUGACAGGGGUGUUCUGGGCAUAGGAAAUGAGGAGUACCUGACGCUCGCAUCAAGAUCGGGCUACGAACCAGUAUCAUCAGACUCAAAUGAGGUCGACGAAGAUGCAUGGCAGCAUACCAAUGUACAAGCCGCGCGCCCAGGAAAUGCAGGGGAAUUGCGAAGAAAUGGUGAUCAGUACGAGCCGAUCAGUCAGGAAGACAAAAGCGUACCUUUUAUAGUGAGCAAGGAGCUCAUGCAAUUGGAAGCACGACUGUUUGCUCUUGCACCUGUACACCGUAGCCAGAAGGGAGCGACGUGGAUCGGUCGGGAAGAGUGUUACACCCCGGAGAGCGAGCGAUUGAUAGCAGCGCCCCCAGGGAUGUUGAGUCCAUUGCUUCGCAAGGAUGGCUCUGUGAAACAAUUAGCCAGCACGCAGGCCGAGAAUGAAGGAGAUGCAGAGAACCUACCUGGUGAUCCAUCCCGAGAACGAACGCCAGCAAGAGCCAACCGCUGGCCUUGGUGCGCAUGUCCUGGGAGCGUCAAGACGCUGUCAUGCACAACACAUUGCAGCGACACGCCGCAGCCUGUACGCGCAAGCUCUGCGUCAUGCGCCGAGUCGAAUAAUGCCCAGACGCAGACGCAGACACGUCAGCUCUUCAGAAAUGAGAUAGGAAGUUACUUACCAAAGUUUUCCCUAAUGCUAAGACCGCAGCGCGCAGCGCGCACGCCGCCGCUGGCCCAGAUCAAAACCGCUAACAAAGAAUUAAAGAGGUUAGUCAUGCAGAGAGGUCGAAACUCACCAGACCCACAGCUAGUCAAACAAAGGAUGGUGAACUGGUUAGCUCACCAGCGCACAGGAAAUUUGGAGCAUGCCGCUGCAUGCAGUUUGACAUGUCACCGAGAUUCGCCAGAGGUCGGGAAUGUUGGACAUCGGGAACCAAUCGAAGGUAUUGCCCAGGAGGAGAGCCGAGGUCGAGACCAGCCAAGGAAAGAAGCAAGGGUCGGGACGAAAGAGAAAGGAGAGGGACGCGCACGCAAACGAGACAGGAGCGCGAACGUAGUGGCUGAACGUAAGGUUCGAAGACGAGAAGCGCCAAUCAGGGUAGUGCACUCGAUCGAGAUUUGUUCCGAAGAUCUGGAUACCCCAGACUUCGCGCUUCGCGCACUUCCUGACCUUCGACAGGCUUCCGUGCCUCUUGCGUCAUCAAGCCGCCUCAGCCGCAUGCUCUCGCUGCAAGUAAGCAGUCCGGAGCAUCCCUACCACGACAGCCAUGACGCACGCCGAGCCCCCCAACAGGAGAACGCGCGGACAAGACACAACAGCGCAUCACGACAGGACGCGUACCCCGCUGAGUGUCAGAACGCUGACGCGCGAUCCCGUAUGCUAACCACACCUCCAGAGAUAUUUAAAACACUACCUACGGGACUCAAAUCUCCUAGUGUCAAGCCAGCCAUGCCAGUCCUCCAUCAGUCCACUCCGUAUCCAUCAGCUAUGCCACCGACCCAAUGUUAUCGACUUACGAGCGGUGCUGUGGGCACCGUGCGCUUUGUCCCGCCCACAGGUCCGCCGCCGCCUACAAUGCGCCAGUCGACGGGGAUUCAAGGCGACCAGCUCGUUCUGCUGGGGCACCAUGACCUCAACGUCCACGGACCCGCGAACCUGGGGCGUCUUGCCCUGGGCGGGAACUUCACAGUCCGGUGCGCACCUCAACAGACGCAUCUCGGAACGCAGCAGACAUUCGUCGUCCUCGGCUGCGUUGUCUGGUACACGGAGCCCGGGGAAUCAGAGGCAUGUCCGUAUUUUGGCGAUGCCGUGAUAACCUUUACAUUCAGGGGGCCCACUGAGACCAUUGUCCCCUUCGUCCACGCAUACGAACCGCCGCCGCCUCCUCCUCCUAGCGCCGCUAUUCAGACAAUGUCCACGACACGCAACGAGCGUCCAAUCCUGCCGCUCCCUCGUCGCGCCCCGGUACCGCAGGAAAGGGCCCAACAGGAGUGCGCCAGCCAUGACAUAGCCGACGUCUGGCUCGUCGAGAAUGCGGCCAUCCUCGGCAACAUAUUGGCGGCUUCCCCAUCCGACAUCCCAGCCAUGCUCAAUGCACGCCCACUCGUCCCGCCGCCGUUGUCCUCCUCCGGCCUGCCCAGUCCCUCCACUCCAUUGCUUCCCGUGACCACCCCGGACGGUUGCGACAUCGAAAACUUGAAGAUCCCGGGGCUCUUGUACCCCCAGGACAGCACAGACGCUGACGUCCGUGCCGUCAGUCCCUUAAAGACCAACGGGCUGCGCGCCGAACCCGUGCAAGACGAGGACGAAGACAUGCCGUCCCUGGACUUCCUCGCAAUGCAGGCUAAAAGGCGAACAACUUCGGCCUUAUAUUGGAGUCCAUCGGAACCUUCUGAGAUGCAGAGAGUGAACACACUUCGUCCCUCGAUGUCAGACUUUGAAGAUUUCGGAUACCUUGAAAAAGCGGCCAACUUAGCCAUGGAUAGCACACCUAUGUGCUGUCUUAUAGAGCUUGAAAAUGGCGAGACUUCGGAGGACGUGAAUGCACCGCUACCAUGGUUUUUCUCCUCCGAACUCGAAGAAGAUGACGAGGAGAUAUAUGCCUUCACUGACUUCAAUGUUCUUGGGGUCUACAAGCGUUUCCUGGUGUAUUUCCUGAAGAUGCACGAGUGGAACGUCGAUUCCCAGAAGACCCACUGUUAUCAUUACCAGAACUGUCACCUCACCCGCCUGACUUUGUAUCCGGAGAGAGACUUACCCGAGACCGUCUAA